AUGGCGGUGGAUUCUCACGGAGCCGAGAUUCCUAACGACCCUCUAGUCGCUUCCGCUACUUGCCUUUCUGCACAAGAGAGAGAGAGAGAAGUAACUUCUUCUCCCCACACAAAGAGGAAGGUUCCAGACUCAGAUACUUUGUCAAACGAGAAACUCAAAACUGUUAGAUUUAGUUCUUCGUUACAAGCUCCUAGCCCUUCGCAUUCUGUUCUCCCUUCUUCGGAACCUUUAGACCCUGAACUCCCUCUUCCGAGUGACAGAGCAAUUCCAAAAGAAGUCGCUGAAUUGAGAUUGGAGGUUCCUCCGUCUCAAGGAUUGGGCGUUAGUACUCAAAACCCUUCACCAGCUUCGAUUUCAGAAACAGGCGGAGAAGAGAUCGGAGACAUCUUCCGAAGUUUCCAAACCAGGGCAGGUGCAUUCCUUUCCCCUUUUUCAGUUUGGAGGCCGAACAUCCGUCAGAUGUAUGUCAAUCGAGCUUGCUACCUAUCUCAGGCGUUUUUGGAGACUAAUGGAAUGAUCUUCCAUUACGAGAACCUCCUUGACCAAGCAAUGAAAGAAACCGCAAAGGCAAAGAAGGAGAUUGACGAACUUAAAUCUGUCAAUCAACCUGACCGACUCGAUCAGGCGAAAACCUUCGAGUCGUCUUUUGAAGAUAUGAGGAAGACUUUGGCGGCUAACGAGCAACGCCUUAUAAUUACGAAUGCUGAAAGGGAUUCUGCGAGGUCCGACGCUCUUCGCUUGAAGGCUCAGUUAGAAGAGGCCACGGCUUUGUCCGAAGAAGCGAGCCACAAGACCGAUUUUUUAGUUAAGACUAGGGCUCGCGAGAUCGCCGAAGCCGAGCAUAAUGCACGAGAAGAGAUAAGGUGCUUUGGUAGGCAACUUAUUCAGUCUAUCGUGAGGUUUGUCGAAGACAAAGAGGUAUCGUGA